UCGCGCGCAGUUCCAAACCAGUUCAAUGUCAAAACAGACACUUUCUGAAGCUGUGGAGGCUCUACAGGGAGGUGGAAUAAACCAGAGUGAGGUGAAAAACUGCCUGAAAGUCGUGGAAGAUGCAGCCAGAACUGAUGGACUACUGCCGGAACAUAUCCUCUCUCUUUCAGAGUACAUAGCAUCUCGAAGCACCAAUUCAGUUCUACUGACUCGAGCCGUGCGGUGUCUCAUUCCCAGGGAUUCAGUCCCCUGCGUUUCCGUUCUACGGCUCCUGGGUUCCCUGAAGGGGCACACCCUCUCGUUACAGCUGCUGGUUAUCAGGUGGAUCAUAUUAGUCUAUGACACCAUUGACGACCGUUCCAGUCUACAUGGAAUCUAUGGGGUUCUAUUCUACUACCUACAGUUCGACGACCUGCGUCCAGUCGUGUGUCAACUUCUCUGUUAUAUGACAAGAAGAUGCGAUGUGAUACACUAUAGAGUUCAGCGGCUCACGGAGCUGUCUAAAAGAGUAGACAGCUACAGAGGAGCAGAGGGUGGGCUGUUAGCUCUGCUGGUCCUCUACCACUCUCUGUGUCCUCACAUGCUCACCAAUCCUCAGCGAAUGCGCAGGAAGGUAUGGUUUAGACCGUUUGAAAAACAGCUUGCAGCCAACAUCAUGCGACUGCAGAAGGCCAGACGGUCCGGCGCCAGCAGACCAGGAAAGACCGCUACUGAAGAGGCGCUACACGAGCAGCUAACAGCAGCACCUCCACCCCUCAAGAGGCCCAAGAAACAAUAUACGACUGUUCACGUGGCAGAUCUAUCGAGAAACGCUACAAGAGGAGAGAGGGGUGGGGGGAGUGUUACUUUUGAAGCUGUGACUACUCACCAGCAGCUUUGCAAUGACAUCACUGAUAUUGAGUUCCCAGUCCAGGCUGCGAGAGUUCUAAACUCGCACUCUCUCCGGCACAUGUUCGCUGUCUGUGCUGAGCCGUCAGCUGCCCUACGUUUCACCUACUGGCUGGAGCACAGCCUCGGCUACGAGCUGGACUCCUACUCGCCGGGCAGUGUGAAUCCUGAUCUCAAGUCUCUUUUGGGUGACCUCCGCAAACUGACUCAGUUCGUUAUGGAACCAAUUCCAACUGUAGAGAGCUUCCUCCACAUUCUGCUCGAGGAAUGGAAUGGAGACGACUGUAGGAACGAGAUCUUGGACCUCCUCUCACACCUCUCCUUGCAACCUUUUGACGAUUUCGAGAAAGGGUUCCUGGAACCUAUAAAGAAGCACUUUGUUUUAAAAGACAGAGAUUUCAAGUGUCAGUGUUUGAGUUGUUUUUCUCGACUGCUGAAAAACAUGGCUGCAUUCGAGUGGCCAAGACAUCAGAAACAGCAACCAGGACCGGUAGAAACGGACACACACAGGUUGUCUCUGUUCUCGCCUGUUACUGACGAAGAAGUUGAUGAUUUUAACCCCCUCACCACUAUAAAUCUGUUCAUCAAGUAUGUGGAUUACCUCGUCACGAUCGGAUUGGAGCAAGAGAAGCGGCAUGUUCUUCUGUAUCAUGCAGCCAUGGAGUUCUACAGUGUGGUUGCUGAUCUACCAGGAGUGUAUGAUGUCCCACAUCUCUUACUGCCCUCAACCUCAGUUCUCAUUACUGGGCUACUGGGACACUCCCCCAUCUUCAUAUCUACUGCCUGCUCCCACCUUGUCAGAGUCAAAGAAAAUCUGUCUGCAUUGAGUAAGAACCAGAGAAGCCUCAAGCUCACCCAAACCUUCAAUAGCGUAGUGCUGGAUUUCUGCAAUGCUCUCUGGCGAAACAUGAUCUUUAAGAAGACCUCUAAGAACAGUGAAUACCCAACACUGGCUUUCGACCUGCCCAGAGAGGAGCUUCAAAUGUGUGCCAUCACUCAGCCUCACAAGCGACUGAAUCUGGUGCACCAUCCAGCACUGGUUGGCCUCACUCUACAGUUUCUUACAGAGCAUGUGCGGUGGGAUUCUCUAACCCAGACACCAAUGGGACAGAAGAAAGUGUCCAUAGUAACUCAAGAUGCUAACAAGCUUGACCAGUUGUCACCUUCAGCUAUCUGGCAAGAAACCCGUUUCAAACAGGUUUACUUGCAGUUUCUGACCCAGAAUCACCAGUCUGGCAUCUGUGACUUUAUUCGGACAUUUGUCCAUACAAACUGACUGGUAGAGCCCCUGAUGCACACACACACACACCUUAAUAGUAGUGCA